AGGGAAACUAUUUAGUAUAUUGUGACCUCAAGGUGUUUUCGUAUGACGUCAUUAGAAAAUAUUGCCUUCAAAUAUGGCGGAGACUGAGCUGAAUGUUGACAGCCUAAUCAGCCGACUUUUGGAAGUGAGAGGAUGUCGCCCAGGCAAGAUUGUACAGAUGACAGAGGCAGAAGUGAGAGGGCUUUGCCUCAAAUCAAGAGAAAUAUUCCUUCAGCAGCCAAUAUUAUUGGAACUGGAAGCGCCACUUAAAAUAUGUGGGGAUAUUCACGGCCAGUACACAGACCUGAUGCGCUUGUUCGAGUACGGUGGUUUCCCUCCAGAAGCCAAUUAUUUAUUCCUGGGUGAUUAUGUGGACAGAGGGAAGCAGUCACUAGAGACAAUCUGCUUGCUGCUUGCCUACAUCAAAUACCCGGAGAAUUUCUUCCUUCUCAGAGGGAAUCAUGAAUGUGCCAGCAUCAACAGAAUCUACGGCUUUUAUGAUGAAUGCAAAAGACGGUAUAAUGUUAAGUUAUGGAAAACAUUUACAGACUGCUUCAACUGUUUACCAAUUGCUGCUAUUAUUGAUGAGAAAAUUUUCUGCUGUCAUGGAGGUCUUUCACCAGACUUACAAUCCAUGGAGCAGAUUCGUAGGAUAAUGCGGCCCACAGAUGUUCCAGACACAGGUCUUUUAUGUGACCUACUGUGGUCAGAUCCAGACAAGGAUGUGCAGGGUUGGGGCGAGAAUGACCGCGGUGUGUCUUUCACCUUUGGGGGUGACGUUGUGAACAAGUUCCUCAACAGACAUGACUUGGACUUGAUAUGUAGGGCUCAUCAUGUUGUGGAAGAUGGCUAUGAAUUCUUUGCCAAACGACAGCUGGUAACAUUAUUUCUGCACCCAAACUACUGUGGAGAGUUUGACAAUGCAGGAGGGAUGAUGUCGGUCGAUGAAACUCUCAUGUGCUCCUUUCAGAUCCUUAAACCUUCGGAGAAAAAGCCAAGUACCAGUAUGGUGGCAUGA